GUAUUCGAGUGUCUCAAUCAAUUAUUUCGACACUUGAAUUAUGCUAUAGUACCCUUUUCCCCCUUUUUUUUCCUUUGAUUUAUUACAUUAUCUAAUAUGAAAUCCUCUUUUGAAAGCUUAUUUGACGUCUAUGCUGUCUACAUACAGCAUCCCGUUUUUUCAAAGUGGCUUAUUCUUCUACUUGUCUUCUCCCUCUUCCUCAAUACCUAUUUUUUAAACACUUCUAAGCAACCUAAAGUGGUCAUCAAGAAGGUGGUUGAACGAGUAGAAGUGCCCAUUAAAGAGUCCAAGGCAGUAACAAAACUCUCAAGAAAGCAAAGUCAUUCUUACCAUCAUCAAUCCGAUGUGAUUCGUCCCUUAGAUCAAGUGUUGGCAUUACUUAGUACACCAGAAGCCAUCACUGAUGAAGAAAUUAUCUCGAUUGUUCAGGCAGGUAAGAUGGCCCCUUAUGCACUUGAGAAAGUCCUUGGUGAUUUUGAACGCGCUGUUCAUAUUCGCCGUGCUUUGAUUUCUCGUGAUUCUCGUACAAAGACGUUGGAAGGAAGUAUGCUUCCUGUCAAAAAUUAUCACUAUGAUAAAGUCAUGGGUGCUUGCUGUGAAAAUGUCAUUGGCUACAUGCCUAUUCCUGUAGGUGUGGCAGGUCCUUUGAAUAUUGAUGGUGACUCAAUUCAUAUUCCUAUGGCAACUACUGAAGGCUGCUUGGUUGCUUCUACUGCCAGAGGCUGUAAAGCAAUUAACGCUGGUGGAGGUGCUAAUACAAUUGUUAUUGCUGACGGUAUGACGCGUGGUCCUUGUGUUGAAUUUCCUACUAUUACUCGCGCUGCUGAAUGUAAAAGAUGGAUUGAACAAGAAGGUGAAGAUAUCGUUACAAAUGCAUUCAAUUCUACAUCGCGUUUUGCUCGCGUUCGUAAAUUAAAGGUUGCCCUUGCUGGUCGCUUAAUGUAUAUUCGUUUCUCUACUACUACAGGUGAUGCUAUGGGUAUGAAUAUGAUCUCUAAAGGUUGUGAAAAAGCUUUAAGCAAAAUUGCUGAAAGAUAUCCUGAUAUGCAAAUCAUUUCACUCUCUGGUAACUAUUGUACAGACAAGAAGCCUGCUGCUAUCAACUGGAUUGAAGGACGUGGUAAAUCAGUGGUCGCUGAAGCUGUCAUUCCCGGUCAUAUCGUUGAAAAGGUGCUCAAGACAACUGUGGCUGCUCUUGUUGAACUGAACGUCUCAAAAAACCUUGUGGGCUCUGCAAUGGCUGGUUCUGUGGGUGGUUUCAAUGCUCAUGCUGCUAAUAUUCUGACUGCUAUCUAUUUGGCUACUGGCCAAGAUCCUGCUCAAAAUGUAGAAAGUUCCAACUGUAUCACCUUGAUGAAGGCUGUGAAUAACGAAAGAGAUCUUCAUAUUUCUUGUACCAUGCCUUGUAUUGAAGUAGGUACUAUUGGCGGUGGUACGAUCUUGCCUCCUCAACAAGCCAUGCUUGAUUUUAUUGGCGUCCGUGGUCCCCAUCCUACUGAACCUGGUGCUAAUGCUCGUCGUCUUGCCCGUGUUAUCUGUGCUUCUGUCAUGGCCGGUGAAUUGUCUUUGUGUGCUGCUUUAGCGGCUGGUCAUCUUGUCCAGGCUCAUAUGGCUCACAACCGUAAUACAGCUGCUGUUCCUUCUGCUCCUGUUAAAGUAAUCCAAGCUUCUACUCCACCUGCUACUCCUGCUGAAAAAGAAGAGCCUAUUCCUGGAAGCUGUAUUAAAUCAUAGAAUUCAAACUGUUAUACACUUGUACUUGUUUUUUUAUAUUAAUAAAGAAAUUCUUGAAGAACUUAAACUUUUGUUUGAUAGAUUAGUGUCUUGCUGUAAUACAGUAAAACUUAAAUUCUUAACGCGCAUACAUGAUCUUUUACAUAGAACUCUGAACUAAAUCAUUAAAUUUGAUAUCAAGAUGAGCCUUUUGGCAGAAAUUGAUUGCACAUAAACACUUUCGAGGCUGGAAACUAUACCAGACUCCUCUGACAUUGUUACCUGCGUAUGCGUUAGGGCGAGGGGGUCUCUAGAAAUGAAGUGUUUUCUAAGAGUUGUAUUUAGAACCUAAGAAAAUAGGAUGCAGUUAAACGUAUGAUGCUUGACUUUUGAAUAUUUAGCACACAGUCGAUUUACAUUAGCUUUUGGCGGUCAAAAAAUGAACAAAUCGCAGAAUGUCUGUGCCAGAGAUUGCGCUCAAUAAAGUUCAUGUCUGUCACCUUGAAAUUUUUUUUUUUU